CCAGAAUAAAAUCUAGAUAAUUGUCAGAUAUAUAACGUUUGAUAGUAAGAAUAAAAUUUAAAUGCGGGAAAAUCCCACACUUUAACUGUAAAACUGAAGAAGGAAACCUGUUAUUACAAGUGCAUCAAUUCGAAAUAACAAUAAAAAUGGUUGACGAUUCAAUGGAUAUUGAACCUUUCAUGGAUUUCCAUCCUUGCAACACAUCGCAUGGAAUGAAGGAUUAUAUUUUGGAAGACUUGACAAGUGAUCAGCAAUUUAAAUUAAAUGUGCAAAAAAGAGAACAGAUUAGGAGUAAUCAGCAGUAUUUAGCCGAACACCCUGAAAUUAGGGGUUUAAUUGUGAUGAUUCUGCGACUUUUAAUGAAAAAGAAGCCAAAAUACGACAUUUAUGAAGUCAUUGGUCAAUAUUUCACUAAGCCUUCAGUCGAUCUCAAACAGGAAGUCUACGAUUACUUGGACGAAAGGAGCAAGAUUUUGUCGGUGAACAGCACAAUAAUUAAAGCUAAGCCAAGAGAAAGCGCAUGUGGGAGUAUUUUAACAACGAUUGAUGAAGAAGAGGAGAAGGAAGAAAAUCUGGAAACGCUGCUGCAAGUGGAGGAAAUGGAAGAAGUGAAGGACGAUGAACAUUUAGUUCGUUGGGGAGAGGAAGAUUCGAAACCGGAAAUUUCGGCUCAUGCUAUUUGUCAAGAAGUCGUGAACGAAAUUGUUAACAAUGUUUUUGAGGAGGUUGAUGAUCUUUCAGUUGGAAGUAUAGCAAGUGUUGGGUUUCCGGUUGAUUACGAAGAUCAUGCGAUUGAGUCUGUACGUUCUUCAGAAGAAUCGAUUCCUUCAAAUUAAAUAAAUAAUGAAACUAUGUUUUUAGUACGCUGAAUAAAUUACUGUGUAUAGUAAGUUUUUUCUUAUAAAAUGACGACGAACUAGAAGGAAAUGGGAAUCAAUAUCGAGAAAGUAGUUAUAACUUUUCAUUUUAUAAGUUUAUUAUACAUAUUUUUUACACAUUAUAAUAUACAUAAUUAUACA